AGAGAGGGCGCGACGAGAGAGGGUGGGCGAGGGGAAAGAAAAAAUCCUUGGUAUAGUGCGAGUGAAAAGAGGAAAAGGGAAUGAAGUAAAGGCGAAAGGAAAUUUUCUUCACGAGGGGAAAGAAAUUCUUGACGAAUUUCAAGUUUCCUCGGAUAAAAACCUAAUGAUUGACAAAUUUCAAGUUUCCUCGGAUGAAAACCUAGUGUACGAGGGGACAAAAAUUCUUAACGAAGCACAUGAUUGACCCACAAUCUCUACCCCGGAGUCGUGAUGGCGCCGGCAGCGGUAGCGAUGGCACCAGGGAUUACGAUAUCUCUAGGAGCGACCGUUUCGAAGGGGCGCGAAUGCCACGAAUGCCGGCUGUACCUAUGGGGCCGGUUUCAGCAAAAAUUGCAUUUUUCCUCCAGGAAAGCCCUCAAGAUAAUAGGUCACGAGACGGUGUGCUUGAAUAAUAGGGUGCCUUCCCAAAAUCUCCAGGCUUAUUUUAAUUUUUCUCGCAUAGGGAAGCGAACUGAAAGUUGGGAAAAAAAGCUGCCCACUUCUAAUUCCAAUUCCUUCUUUCUCCCAAACCACCAACCUUCAGAAAGCUACCUGCGCCCUCCUCGCCUCGCCCACCACAUCGCCAACUUUGCUGGCACUAAGCUUUCGUUGUGUCUUCUGUGCCUUUGGCACAAAUACCUUGGCCUCUCGUUUCGUAUCUUGGGCAUAUCUUUGAAUUGCGUUCUCGUGCGGUUGGCGACUGCUGCCUUAGCGCGGCGCUAUUUCUGCUUCGUAGUAUUGGUAGCUUCGGCGCCUUUGCGUUUUCAACACCGUCGAUUCGAUCUUCGGUUGCUUUUGGUAGCUUCGGCGCUAAUUGCUCAGACUUCGGUUUUCUUUCGUGAGCACUGCUGCCUAAGAACCUAAUCCCCUGCCUAAGAACCUAACCCCGUCGAUGACUGACAAUCUGUGUAGACCAGCCGCUCAUUUUGCAUUGGUAGCUUCGGCGC